AUGUUUGGCAAGAAGCCCAAGACGGAAUCCCAUGCCACCUUGGAUAUUACUACAGAACCGGGCGUCAAGAAUGAAGCAAACAACUACUAUGACCCCAAUUUGGCCAUCGAGCAACCCUACCAGUAUGACGACUUGAACGUCGUAUGUCCACCGCAUACCACCGAGAGGAGAUUAAUGACCAAGAUUGAUUUCCGCGUCAUCCCAUUCCUCUGUAUACUCUACCUCCUUGCCUUUCUCGACCGAGUCAACAUCGCCAACGCGCGCUCCUUUGGCCUAGUCAAGGAUCUCAACCUCAAGAAGGUUGAGUACAACACCGCGCUCACGAUUUUCUUCGUGCCCUAUAUCAUUUUUGAAAUUCCGUCGAAUAUCUUUAUGAAAAAGCUCAGCCCGCGUGUAUGGCUUUCCGGUUGCAUGUUUAUGUUCGGGUUGGCAGCCAUCUGCCAAGGGCUGGUGAAGAAUUACGCAGGCUUAUUGGCAACACGUUUUUUCCUCGGGCUGUUCGAAGCUGGGAUGUUUCCCGGCUGUUUCUACUUGAUUGGAAUGUGGUACAAACGGUCUGAAGCCCAGCGCCGAUACAGUUUUUUCUUUAGCUCGACAACUCUAGCUGGCGCUUUUGGCGGUCUGCUCGCCUCAGCUAUUGGCAAAAUGGACGGCAUGCGUGGAUUUCAAGGAUGGCGAUGGAUUUUCAUCCUCGAAGGAGUCCUCACGUGCGUCGUGGCAUUACUAUUCUUUUUUAUGAUCCCCUCCUUCCCGGAGGACGCCACAUGGCUCUCAUCCGAGGAACGGGAAUACGUCAAAGCCCGUCUCCAAGCCGACCAAGGCCUCUCAGCAGCGGAACGAAAGAUAACUCUUCGGGACGUUGGCCGAGUAUUCAAAGACUACAAGGUAUUACUCGGGGGAGUGAUGUACUUUGGACUUAUCGUUCCUGCGUACGGUUACGCUUUCUUCGCUCCCCAAAUUAUCAGUACGUUUAAGUACUCGCCGAUCCAGACACAGCUACGCAGCGUGCCACCAUGGGCAUGCGCCUUCGGCUUCGCCAUGAUCAUAGCUUUCCUCUCGGACUACACGCGGCAUCGAUUCCUUUUCACAAUUGCCCCCCUCAGUGUUGCCAUCGCUGGCUUCGGCAUCCUCAUAACCGUACAUGACAACGUAAACCUCCAGUACGCGGCCCUAUUCCUGGUGGCCAUGGGAUGCUACUCCGCUAUGCCUGUUAUUGUGUGUUGGUUCAACAUGAAUCUCGGCGGGCACCAUCGGCGCGCGGUAGGCACGGCGUGGCAAGUGGGCUUUGGCAACAUUGGUGGAAUUAUUGCAACAUAUGCCUUCCUCGAGGAAGAUGCUCCGUACUACAAGAAUGGGUAUAGCAUUUGUCUUGCUUGGUUGUGUUUGAGUGCGGCCAGCUGCUGUGUCUAUGCGGUGGCAGUCGUGAGACAGAAUAGACAGAGGGAUAAGAGCCCAACAGAUCUCGGCUUGACGGAAUAUGAAAAGACUGAGUUGGGUGAUAUGAGCCCCGAUUAUCGGUACUUACUCUGA